AAUUAAUUUAUUUAUUAAUAUUAUAAUAAUUAUUUAUUACGUAAACAAACUCAAAAUGGCCCAAAUUUUUGGCUUGGUAUUAUUGAUUGCGUCACAGGCACUAUUGGCCUACGGGUUCAGUAACACUGACGACGAAACCAUUGACUAUCUAUUGGCCGGCGCUAAUCGCAAUGGCGACCCAAGUAGGCUAUGGCCCAUAACGCUGACCUCGCUGGAUCACGAUAUAUGCGAAAAUAUAGUGGACAUCAUGCUGAAAACGGUGACUUACACAGUGGACCGUUACCCGGAUCAACAAGACUUGCACUCGGUGGUCAGGCUAUUGUUUAGCGAGAAAUUGCGCGUGCUACAUCACGCGUGCAACAAUCCAGCUACUGUAGAGUUUUAUCGUAUCGCCAACUAUAAAGUGAACGAGUUGGCCAAAGUUAGGGGACAGUUUGUGCACGCGCUCACUGUGGCCGCGCAGCCCGGGGCUAAUGUUAGCUUGUCGCAAAUUGUCUGUUACGACGACCUCUAUCGCCGUCAAUCAUCGGCAGUAGUGAUGUCCGCACUGCCGGCCAAAUACAUCCAAACCCAGGAACGAUUGCCCACAACCGCAUCCAUACUAAACCCGUACAUCAAGUAUCUGCCCGGCCUUAAAGUGCGCGAAUGCAGUUGGCUGUCCACCAAUAACACCGAGGACGAUUCCUUGUUUUACCGGCAAUCAAUGGGCCUGUCCAUCAUCGAGGCCAUGGCCAAUGUGAUCCAGCAGUAA